AUGCCUUCAAACGAAGAUCCAGUGUUUCAAGGGCCUGUUCUGGUCCCUAUCCAGCUGGAUGCAUUCGUUCUCAACUCUGCAGUGUGCGGCGACGGCAAGGUGGAAAACAAGGACUCCCUUAUCGCACCCAUCACUCAGCCUAACUAUACUUUCCUCCGACUUCGAGACUUCCUCAUCCAAAGUGAUGUACAGAAUCAUGUCGACCUCCAUGCUGCGGCUCCUGCAAGUAUGAACACGAGGAUGACUGACUUUGCCGGGCCAUCACCAAAGCUCAUGAACAGUCGUUGCGGCGUCUAUCUGCACUGGACGCUCCCACGCUACUAUCGCAUCGCUCCAAAGUCUACAGUCGCAGCUUCUGCCCCGGCUACAGACAGCGAUAAGCCUGCACCCAAGCCGCAACCUCCCUCGAAGGACAUGAUACAGCCACCUACACGUUGGCUCGUGGUGCGAAAGCUGAACUUGGAAACGCUUGCCCCGACUCCACCCGAAGGCGCGUUCCAAGAGUACUCUGCUUGGGUCAUUGAAAGCGACCAUCAGUGGGCGCUAUCGGAUAUCCCUCUCGACUUCGAUCUCCAAACAGACGUGUCUCCGUUUGUGGUGGGGGCAAAAGAUGGUACCAAGGCCGACAUUGAAGAGCAGGCAGAGGUGUUCAUCGGUCGGAAGACGACCCUGGAAGACUGGGGCAAAGUGUCAGGCGAGGAUCGAUCGGGAGAUCCUCCCAACAUCAGUCUUCUGCUCAGUGGAAACCAGCUAUUUGCAGACUUCCAGAUGCACAACUCGAAUGUCUUUAGCAUGCUGGAUAAUUUCCAGUACAUGGACUCUGACAAGAAGCAUUCCUACCUCUCGUACGCUGAGGCAAGCUACUAUCUGAUUGGAUGGCACUACGAUGAGAGCGUAGAUCCUUUCUGGAACACAUCCUCGGUGAAGCAUCAGGAUAUCCUCGAGUCGCUCUCGAUGAACUUGCAGCCGUUUGCACAGCACCCAAACUCCCGAACCACCUGGUUAUCUGAUACAAACCCAUCACGUCUAGUAUGCCACGGAGCCAUGUACAACGUCAAGUACGAUUUCGAAAAGAAGCCUGGGGAGCUUCUUGGGAAGCUUACACCAGCUGAUGAGUUUUCUCGUACUCUGAGAAACCAAAAGCUACCAGCCGUAUCCGUGGGUACAACACCAAUGGACGCCCUCAUCUCUUAUUGCACCUCAAGAAGGAGUGACAAGACAAAGCCAGAAAGUGGAGAGGCGCCUGAAGACACUGUGAAAAAGCUCGAGGAAGAUAUCCUGUCUCUUUAUUCCCUGUUGCACGCGAGAGAUGAUGGUGUUGAGGGUCAGAGGGAGGCGAAAGACACCAUUUACAACUGGAACUUCCAUCGUGCUCCUGGCGGAACCUACUUCCAUCUCUCGGCCGAAGAUGAUGGUAAAGGAGUAGGCGGGGUCGCAGCAAAGGAUGGCAAUGUCAAAGAACCCGACCCAGAAACCAAGCUAGCAUUGUGGACAUUGAACCACCAACAAACCCAACUCGACGCAGUGAAGCGGCUGAUUGCUCAGCGCCAAUGGGACCUGUUCUCUCUUUGGUGGAAAUAUGUCAGUGAUGCCACAAGUCUUGACAAUUCCGACGUAGCCAAGGACAAGGCUGCCAAGUCGAAAGAAAAGGUUACCCCUCUCGUUGCCCAGAUCUCAGCACUCAAAGUGGUCAUGGACGCACUGCAGACCAACACCAUGACUAGGCUCAAGGACCCAUUGCUCAAGCUAGCCAAGACUGGAGCGUCCCCUUUUUUUUACCGUUCACGAGACCCUACGAUACUUGUAGGAGGAAUUGAGAGCGGCUGGUCGAUCGACUUUGUGGAAAAGGUCAAUGUCAGGCUGGCCGCGCAGGUCUUGCAACCCGAAGACUAUGGCGCUUCUGUCCCCGACUCGGACAGAUUGGUAUCCUUCCAACAACUUGUGUCAGCAUCUCUUUCAAAAGAGUCCAAAGAUGUAUCUUCUGUCAUGAGCACGCUACUGAAUGAGUUCCAUACACUGGAAUCCCGCUUCGAUACUACGGAUGCGCCUAAUGGGAAGGCUUAUCCUCAGUUUCACGAUGACAAAACACCUCAUCGUGACUCUGAAGGCACUGGUAAGCAGUGGAGGGAUGAUUGGGGAGACAAACAACCUUGGUUUCCUUUGUUUGCGGAAUGGGAGGUUGAGUACACGCACAUUCCCUUUGAACACUGGACAUUGGAUGACCAGACAGCCCGUCUUUCCGCGAACCCCAUGGCGCGAUACGGCGUGUCUCUAUACAAGCCAGGCGAUAAAGACAAAGCCACUCAGGUUCCUCUGUGGGAGCAGCUCCCUGCUAAGCCAGACCAGCGUGUCCUCUCCGGUCGCGUUUUGAUUCUGCCGCAGCCAAGCUUCUCACUCCAGGCCAAGGUGGCGCAGCUCUUUAGCAGUACUCCGAAUGCCAUCUUCUAUCCCAAGGAGACGGAUCCAGAGAAGCAAAAGGCUCUAGAAGCUGAAAAGCGCAAGUGGAUCUUGGACAACCUCAACCAGCUUUCGUACUUGUCCGCACCUCUCUCUGGCAUGACGGAUGGGAUCCUCACUCUGUCACAGGGAAGUCAUGUCAAGCCACUGAACAAGAGUCUGAACCAAAAAGGCGAUGAGACUUUGGACACCAUCAAGGCUGCCUUGUUUGAUGAAGCUGGGUUUACAGCCGACACGGUGCCAUUGAUUGAGGGCCAGUCUGCUCUAACUCCGUAUGCCAAGAUGGUCAAUCUUAUCAACAACAACUUCUGUCCCUUCAAACCAGUCACUCACGGGCAGAUGCGCUUCCGCAAAUUCAACAUUGUCGACAAGUUCGGACAGUCACUAGCAGCCAUAGAUCCCAUCCCCCGUCUCACCAACCCGUCUUCCUUGUACCCUAGCAUCAGUGACUUUUACGAGCCGCAGGUGAUCAAACAGAAUGAUGAGGUGUAUGCCAACACCAUCCAAAAGGCGAAAGAAGGGCAAUGCGAGUAUAUCCAGGUUCCUCCACAGAUCAACCAGAACGUCAGACUCAAUGCUGAGUUCGUCGUACGUUCUGCAGACGAUGACCCGGAUAUGUACUCUGAUCUAGAAGGCGCUACGCGUGCACCAUGGCGUCCAACUUCCGAGUGGGAGAAUCCGGUUUGGGGUUGGCUGAUCGUCAAUUAUGCCGACUAUGGCAUCCAAUUCUUCCUUCCGGAUGGCACUUUCUAUCGCGAGGUGCGCUUCGGAGGUCCCUUGGGAGCCAGUGUCCAGCCAAAGUGGAUUCCUUUUGCUCGGGAUCCAAAGCUGCCCGAGAACUCAAAGUCUUAUGUUCAGAUGGACGCGCUUAUCAAGGAGCUCGCAGACCCGACGUAUCUCGAACGGUUCUGGCACAUGAUCACGACGGCGCAGGACAACCUCGCAGCAACACCCAGUGCAUACGCGCAGUUCCUCAACUCAAUCGUCGGCAGACCAGUUGCGCUUGUCAAUAUGGGCUGGUCACUUGAACUCGAUGGCCCACCAUUGGAUUGCCAAGCUGAUACCCAGAAUCCGUUCCCAGAGCGAUAUCUGACCAAGAACGAUGUGCAACCAAAGGCACCAGUGUAUGAGUUCCAAGUCCGACUCGGUGAUAGAGACAGUCAGUACGAUGGUCUUGUAGGCUACUUUGAUCUAUCAUCACCCUCAAAGCCAGACUCAGUAUAUAAGGAGCUCAACCUGAACCACAUCAAUACAUUCUUUGCCUUAGCUGAGACCAAACCAGGCAAUGACAAGAAGGUUCCGGUAGGAUUACCUCUGUCCAUGCUUACAACGGAUACGUACCCUCGCUUCAAACCUCACUACAUAUCCCCUGUCCGCCCAGCAGAUCAAAACUCGCCUGCUCCUCGCAAGACGCCUGGCUACUAUCAAAAUGAACGUAACAACAUGCUUCAAGUCUACGGUGCCCUGAUAGAUCCUUUCACAGGAGUGCACGGCUACUCGUCUUUCCUUCCACCUCAAGCGCUCCAGUUACCACCAUGGACUUGGCAGCAGGCGAUGAACAGCAUGACUGCCUUCUUCCAUGCAGGCCCGCUCAACUUGGCCAUCAAUGAUCUACCCGGAUAUGAUAAAGAUCGAGAACUCACGCAGACAAACUGGCGAGACGUCCCGCCUGUUUCUCUUGGCCUUCCCCCGUUGGGUGCGGGUGAGUGGAAUUGGUUGCAGCCUUAUGUUAGGCCUAAGCCCAAGGUGCCUGGUCCAGCGCCACUGCCACCGGCAGAAUCUCUUUCCACGCCUGUUGUUGUCGAUGAGUCCCAGCCAACUUUCAACUCCUUUGCUAUCGACAAGAGGGGCGACUUGACAAAGCCUGGAUUCCAAAAGGGUCCUUAUGUUGCAACUGAGGGAUAUUUGCAGCUUAGAUCACCUCUUACUUCGAAAGCUUCGCAGAAUCCAGCCCCGCCAGGCCCAAGCGGAGGCACAGAUACGGAUACAGGCACUAGUAUCAGUACAGCAGCUGGAGGAAGCACUGCAGUGACGCAUCGCACCGUGCCACAGGCUGCUUAA